AAAAUAAUGAAAGACAAUGUUUAAAUAAUAAUUAUAAGACAGAAUUAAUUUGUAUGAUAGCGCACAGGUCGGCCAUCGUGGUACCUUGACCAAGCUUAGCAAGCCAGUCUCACAUAAGUGCUGUGUGCAGUGUUGCUCCCGUGUUUUUUACGUUUCUCAUGCGGAUUUCUACUCAAAAAUCACAGGUAUAUGCAGAAUGUGUUUGCGGUAACUUGUUCCGCUGAUAGUAUGUUUCGUGAGCACUAUCAGGGUAUGAAAAGCCCACGUUCAACGUUAUUUCCUGACUUACAAAUCAGCUGACUGUCUUGCAUUGAGUUACUGUUGUUUUAUGUAUAUAUUUAAGCAAAGCGACAGUCUCAAAAAAGAAUGCAGCAAGUAGAAACAAUUUCGCAAAAUAAUACGCUAUUUAAGUUUAGAUAAUUUAUAUUGAGGAACAUAUAAAAUAGGCGGUAACCGGUAAAUCGGAAACUAAAGAACCUCCACCGAGAAUGGAUCCACCGGUGGAGCCCGUUAACGGGGUUGUUCAACCAAUGGUGACACCUGCACCAGACAGACCAGGUCGUGUAACAAAUCAGUUACAAUUCCUACAAAAAAAUGUUCUUAAGGCUGUGUGGAAACAUCAGUUUGCUUGGCCUUUUCAGCAACCUGUGGAUGCAAAAAGACUUAAUUUACCGGACUAUCAUAAAAUUAUCAAACAACCCAUGGAUUUGGGAACCAUCAAGAAGAGAUUAGACAACAACUAUUAUUGGUCCGGCAAAGAAUGUAUACAAGACUUCAAUACAAUGUUCACGAAUUGUUAUGUGUACAAUAAACCUGGAGAAGAUGUGGUUGUCAUGGCGCAAACAUUAGAAAAGCUGUUUCUUACAAAAGUGGCGAUGAUGCCAAAAGACGAAGUUGAAUUGGAUCCACCUCCGCCUAAAGGCGGCAAGGGUAAGAAAGGUCGGGUAGGAGGUAGUUUACCCGGUAUUGGUGCUAAUCGGGGUCGACCUACAGCAUCCGUUUCAUCUACUGUUUCUACUCCUGUAGCCAGUUCUACUGAACGUACAAGUUUACCUUUAGGUUCGGCAGCUCCUGCAACAGUUCCGGGCAGCACGGCAACGACAACAAUAGCGCCGGCUGCAAGUGCCACUCAUAGUAGUCUACCUCAGCAGAUGCCGUCGAAUACUUACCAUGUCACACAAACGAUAAGCAACCCGUUGGAUGGUACAGCGCUUCCGACAACGGUCUUACAAACACAGCCAGUCAAAGUGAAAAAAGGGGUGAAAAGAAAGGCGGACACAACUACACCAACAGCGACACCUUUAGAAACACAUUAUCCAAUGAUGGAAUCCAAAUCAGCGAAAAUAUCAACGAGACGUGAAUCUGGUCGACAAAUAAAAAAACCAUCAAGACAGGAACAAGAUGGUCUGUUGCCUUAUCAUCAACCUGUACCGAUAAUGGCAAACAUAACACCAACACCUCCACAACAUGGUCAACCGAAACCAAAAGAAAAACUCUCGGAUGCACUGAAAUCAUGUAAUGAAAUAUUAAAAGAAUUAUUCUCGAAAAAACAUUCAGGCUAUGCGUGGCCAUUUUAUAAGCCGGUUGACGCCGAAUUACUUGGUUUACAUGACUAUCAUGAAAUUAUUAAAAAACCUAUGGAUUUAGGUACCGUCAAACAGAAAAUGGAUAAUAGAGAGUAUAGAACAGCAAACGAAUUCGCUGCCGAUGUUAGACUGAUAUUUACUAAUUGUUAUAAAUAUAAUCCUCCUGAUCAUGAUGUGGUUGCUAUGGCCAGAAAACUACAAGAUGUUUUUGAAAUGAGAUAUGCAAAAAUACCUGACGAACCUCCACCAACACAGACACAACGUAUUAUGGCUAAAUCAGAUUCCAGUUCUUCUGGUUCCAGUUCAGAAUCAUCUAGUGAUUCAGAUGAUUCAGCUGAAGAAGAACGAAACAAUCAACUUAAAAUAUUAGAACAAGAGCUUUUAGCAAUGCAAGAAAGAAUGAGAAAGUUAGUUGAAGAAAGUAGUAGUAAAAAGAAAGCAAAGAAAAAACAGAAAGAAAAAGAAAAAAUGAAAAAACCAACGGUUAGUGGUAGUGGCCUAUCUGGUAAAGGUAGCCAUAAUGUUGGCAGUAAAAACAAUUCAGUCGUAACAGACAGUGUGGGUGCUAGUAUCGCAAGUGUGGCUAUGGGUGCUGGAGAUGUUAGGUUACCAGACUUACAUCAUGCAACACCACCAGCAAGCAAAUCAUUAGCAUCCGCUUUACAUCAUACACCGGCACAUCCACCCCAUUUACCACCUACAGCGAAGGCACCUAAAAGUAAAGGAGUUCGCGGACCAAAAGCAGCAACGGGUCCAGCAGCUUCUGCACCGAAAAGACCGAAAACCAAUUCAAAUGCACCUAGAGGAAAGAAAAAAUCAACUGCAAAUGCACCUAAUUUGGCGUUUGAUUCAGAAGAUGAAGAUAACGCAAAACCUAUGUCUUACGAUGAAAAAAGACAACUAUCACUGGAUAUUAAUAAAUUACCUGGUGACAAAUUAGGACGAGUCGUACACAUAAUUCAAUCUCGAGAACCUUCAUUGCGUGAUUCAAAUCCUGAUGAAAUUGAAAUCGAUUUCGAGACAUUAAAACCAUCUACACUACGUGAGCUUGAAAGCUACGUAGCAUCAUGUCUUCGAAAAAAGCCACGUAAGCCUUACUACAAGAAAAUAUCGGGAAAGUCAAAAGACGAGCAGAUGGCAGAAAAGAAACAAGAGUUAGAAAAGCGACUCCAAGACGUAACAGGCCAGUUAGGCAGCGUCAAAAAAACCACAAAAAAAGAUGAAAAUAAUAAGGUUGAAGUUGCACCAGGCAGUGGAGGCGGUCCUUCAGGUCGACUUUCCUCCUCGUCAAGUAGCACGGAUUCAGAUUCCAGUAGCUCGAGUAUGUCCAGUAGUUCAUCAGACUCGAGUGAUAGCGAAGCAGGUCGUGAAAGUCGUCCUCCUAGAAAAAAAACUAAAAAGCCAAUCACGAAUAAUCCACCAGUCAAUCAAAUGAAACCAGCAAUAACUACGAUAAACAACACAGUUCCACAUAAUACUCCAACCAUUGUAAACAGUAAUUCUACGGCUCCAAAAGCGACAACGAUAUCGUCAACAUCGGUAACAACUACAGUAACACCAGCGGUGACACGUAAAACAUCUGUCACAGCGAUAUCCACAAUCAAUAAUAGUAAUUCGAUCAAUACGACACCAAUCACGACAAAAAACAGUGUACCAGGUCCGGGUCCAACGGUCGAAGUAACAAAACCACCGACAAUAACGCCUACCGUGUCACAGAUAGUUCCUCCUCCAAGUACUCCCGUAACAAAUUCAAUUUCCUCCAUACCAACACUUCCAACAGCAACAUUACCAGGAACCCAUAACAAUAGUGUUUCUGUAACGCGUCCUUCCACAAACACAACCCCAUCGCCAAUACCUCCAACCAUAAAUAAAUUACCCCAACCAUUAGCAAAUAAUUUUAGUGAUCCUUUAGAGGAUUCUUUACGUAGUUUGGAACAUGAUUCCAUUAGUAAUCCAUUAGACACGAUUGUUCCAAAUCCUUCGUUUCCCAAUCCUGUAAUGCAUUCAACUCCUAUAAUGCAAAUGAACAAUAUCAUGUCGAAUAAUUCAUUACAUCGUGGCUUACAUAACCAAAAUUUAUCCGGCAAUGAAAUGUCAUCGAUAAUGCCGCCAAUAACUAGUGCACCUACCUCAAACAUGAUGCAUUCCAGCAAUAAUGGUUUUGGUGGUAUCAAACAGGAUAUGGAUCUACCAUUAAACAAUAAUAAUGGUUUAGCCAUGAGCGGAGCAAGUAAUCCAGCUGGAGUAGGAGUAUCCAUGAAUAUGGGUGGAAUGUCAAGUAUAUUUGAUCCAAUUCCAACCGUUCCCACGCAACAAAUGCCGUCCAUAAAUCAAAUUCAACCAUUAAAGAAGGAAGAUAAACCGUUAAUUACUCCAAAACCAAUUGAGGAGCUAACGAAUCCUGUUCCUUCAAAUUACUUACCAGAUAAUAAAAAAUCUGUACAUAGUAAUAAUCCCGAUAUACAGAAUAAAAAUAAUAAUCCUGGUGCAAAUUUUGUAUCAGCAUUUAAAACAAAAUCUGAUAUUAAAAAUGCUACGUCUUGGUCGAAUAUUAUUGCGCAAGCAAAUUCACCACAAAAUUCAAAUUUAGCUGGCGGCAAUAAUAAACAGCACAAUAUGCAAGAUAGUUUUCAAGUAUUUAAAAACAAAGCGAAACAGAAACAAGAUCAGCAACGUGCGCUUAUGGAACAGCAAGAACAACGUCGACAUCAAAAAGAACAAGCCGAACGAGAACGUUUACGUCAAGAGAAUGAAAAGAAACGUGAGAAAGAGGAGGAAGAUGCACUUGAGAAAGUUAGGAAAGCUGGCGUUGUUGAAUCGCAACAACAACCGUUAACACCAACACGUGUGAAUCAAUUAAAAGGUUCAAAUGACGGUGGUAGUGUUUCACCACGAUCAACAACAAUGCCGCCACCAGCAUCACAAGACGCAGCAGAACGAGAGCGACAACGACAAAGAGAACAAGAUAGACGAAGGAGAGAAGCGAUGGCGGGUCAAAUAGAUAUGAAUAUGCAAAGCGAUUUAAUGGCUGCUUUUGAAGAAACUUUGUAAUGUUAGAGUGUACAUAUUAGCGACUAGUCAAACCUAACAAAACUUUAAAAACAAACUUUACUAAACAUUUUUUUUUAAAUCAGUGAACCACAUAAAUUAUUAUUUAAAAGAAAUGACGAUUACAAACAAAAAAACAAACUUUUGACGACACAUUUUAAAGUGUAUCAAAAAAAACAGACUGAUCUUAUUAGAGAAAAACCACGUAUAAAAACAAAACAAAAC